AUGGUCAAGAAGAAAACUAAGCAGCGUCGAGCCCAAGAGGAACCCCUGAAUCCGAUGUCUGUCCAGGUAUCUCCAAAGGUCGAUUAUGUCCAGCCAUUGUCAUCACCAUACGAAGGCCCAGUCGUGACCGCCACGAUCGGGAACAAGCAAUAUUGCAUUCUGGGAUAUUGUCUUCGGAAAUGCCCGCAAUUUGAGCAGCAGUCGGUUUUGUCUUCAUAUAUUACCCUGCCUUAUAUUCACGAGGAUGUUGGGCAUACCUUUGUGCAUUUCCUAUAUUCAGGGUGCUACGAGACAAUAGAUUCGCCAGUCGAUGAUGGUAUAUCCAGUGCGAUGAGAGAGUAUAGGAGAAGUGUCCUUAUCUACCAGGCAUCCAGAACAUACCAGCUUCCCUCUCUUGAGGCCCUUGCCCGAGAUUACAUAGAACGGUUCGGCGAAGAAAUGUCUAUAUCCGAUAUACUGCGGACUACAAGUGAGGUCUUUUCAAACCUUCCUGAGGACGAAACCUGGCUUCCGAAGUAUAUCGAAAGAAACCUCCGGCACUCGUUGAGGUCUAGCAAGUCAAAGUUCGAUGUGGAUGAACUUUACAAGGCUUUUGGUCAGGAUCAUUACUUCGAUAAUACUGUGACAAGAAUGAUGCUCGAGAUACUCCUCCGUCCGCAGGGAGUUCACCUCGCAGGACGGGAAGAGCGACUGCGAACAGAUACGCAUUCAUGGGAACACGGAGGUGAAGGCAUCGAUUGGAAAUCCACUGGACGGGAUAGCUGGCGGGCGACAGUUGACAGAAGCGUGGACUAA